UUGAUAAGUGUGCUUGGGCCUAUUGGGCUUACAAACACUAAACUCAAGUCCAACACCAACAGGCCCAUUAUCUUUCAUGUAUUAGGGUUUCAUACAAAAAGGGUUAAAAACCUUUCUUCUUUCUCAUUCAGUCGAAGUACCCAAACAUAUCAGCAGCAGAGGCGGCGGUGGGAAGAAGAAUCAGCAGACGAAGUAUCCAUGGGUAUCGAUCUAGUUGCCGGAGGUAAGUCAAAAAAGACUAAACGCACUGCGCCAAAAUCUGAUGAUGUUUAUCUCAAGCUUCUCGUCAAGCUGUACCGGUUUCUUGUACGGAGGACUGGGAGCAAGUUCAAUGCAGUGAUAUUGAAGAGGCUUUUCAUGAGCAAGAUUAACAAGGCUCCGUUGUCGUUGUCACGUUUGAUUAGUUACAUGAAGGGAAAGGAGGACAAGGUUGCUGUAAUUGUCGGGACUGUCACUGAUGAUAUUCGGGCUUAUGAAGUCCCUUCACUCAAGGUUACUGCAUUGAGAUUCACUGAAACAGCUAGAGCCAGGAUCGAGAAGGCUGGAGGAGAAUGUUUGACCUUUGAUCAGCUCGCUCUCAGAGCCCCUCUUGGGCAGAACACAGUAUUGCUUAGGGGUCCAAGGAACUCUAGGGAAGCUGUUAAACACUUUGGUAGAGCUCCUGGUGUCCCAGGCAGUCACUCAAAGCCUUAUGUUCGCUCAAAGGGAAGGAAGUUUGAACGAGCAAGAGGUAAAAGAAACAGCAGAGGCUACAAGGCUUGAGGAAGUGCAGAUGUUUGAAUGCGCAAUGAUAGAAUUUCAUUUAGAAGGUUUCACUACCUACUUUUAUCGUAAUAGUUUCUUGUUGGAUUUUCUUAUUUCACCCUUGUUUCUCUUAAACUCCAGCAUCAUAUUUGCUGAUUUUUGGAUGUGUUUUUUUAAUCUGGUUUCCGGACUUGAAUCUUUCUUAAGAGGGAGUGAUAUCUUCAACAUUGACAACAACCUUGUGCUGGAUAUUGAUUGAUGUGUGAAGAUCCCGUUCUUUUAUUGUUC